AUGGCUAUAAUGGUUCCUCAGAGGGGUCUGAACCCAAACGCACCCGAGUUCAUUCCUAUGCUAUUUCCCCAGCUUACAACCUCUUCUCCCGAUCUUCCCUACUAUCUUCCGCCACCGACACAGACAUUCCUCUGCUACCACGCUCCUUUUCUUCGAACCUUCUACACCAACAUCUGCUUCCCAACAACCCAACCCUCCCUCUUCCUUCCACCGCCUCAGAAAGACCUUGUGUCGGUUAUCGAACCGACAAUCUCUUUUGUGGCUGAACCGCCGCCUCCGGAGCAAACUCAUCCCGCGCAGAACGCCGUGGAGCAAAAAAUGGUGGCCAAGAAGACGAACCCGAGGAGGUACAGGAAUCAGUGCUACGGCGGGCGAGGUGGUGCUUGGUGGGAAAAGUGUAGCGAGGGUGAGAAUUUUUGUCGUAAAAAUGUUGAGAGUUUGAGAAAGUACGAUCCAAAUGCGAGAGGUGUACUUUCUCGCGCCGAGGCCAAGAAGAAAAACUAUUCCUCUGUGCUACCUGUGGAGAGUGGUGUAAGAAAGACGACCAUUAUGAUCAGAAAUAUACCCAGCAAAUACACACGUAACAUGUUGGUGGAGUUUUUGGACGACCAUUGCAUGUUGGAGAAUCAAAAACUGAACACUAAAAACUCUGAAGAACACGUCGUUUCUGCGUUUGAUUUCGUGUAUUUGCCUAUAGACUUCCGCACGGGGUGUAAUAAAGGCUACGCAUUUGUGAACUUCACCGACCCGCGAGCAGUGUGGAAAUUUUACCUUGCUGCUCACAAGCAGACGUGGAAACUUUUCCAUUCGCACAAAAUACGGGAGAUAUCCUUGGCUAGACUACAGGGUGGGGAGUUGUUAAGGCACUUCGAGAGCAUGGGGUUUCCGUGUGAAUCGGAACAAGUUUUGCCCGUUUGCUUUAGCCCGCCCCGGGACGGUUCAAGGGAGUUGGUGAAGGAAAUGGUAGUGGGAAGGUGUACCGGCAUGACGGGAAAGCAGCAGCAGCAGCAGCUCCUCUCGGGCUCACCAUCGAAAUCUAGCUGUGUUUAG